CCAACCCGAAAGAUGCCCCCUGGUGCCAGUGCCAUGGACUUCUUUCAGCUCUUUGUCCCAGACAACACGCUCAAGAACAUGGUGGUGCAGACCAACAUGUAUGCCAGGAAGUUCCAGGAGCGCUUUGGCAGCGACAGCGCCUGGGUCGAGGUGACACUGGCGGAAAUGAAGGCCUUCCUGGGCUACGUGAUCUCCACCAGCGUCUCGCACUGCGAGUCUGUCCUCAGCAUCUGGAGCAGCGGCUUCUACAGCAACCGCAGCCUGGCGCUUGUCAUGAGCCAGGCCCGCUUUGAGAAGAUCCUCAAGUACUUCCACGUGGUGGCCUUCCGCUCCAGCCAGACCACGCCUGGGCUCUACAAGGUGCAGCCCUUCCUCGACUCCCUCCAGAACAGCUUCGACGCUGCCUUCAGGCCAUCCCAAACCCAGGUGCUACAUGAACCCCUAAUUGAUGAGGACCCUGUGUUCAUCGCGACAUGCACCGAGCGAGAGCUACGAAAGAGGAAAAAGCGGAAAUUCAGCCUGUGGGUCCGGCAGUGCUCUGCCACGGGCUUCAUCAUCCAGAUUUACGUUCACCUGAAGGAAGGAGGGGGUCCAGAUGGCCUGGACACACUGAAGAACAAGCCCCAGCUCCACGGCAUGGUGGCCAGGAGUCUGUGCCGGAAUGCGGCCGGCAAGAACUACAUCAUCUUCACAGGGCCCAGCAUCACCAGCCUCACCCUGUUUGAAGAGUUUGAGAAGCAAGGCAUCUACUGCUGCGGCCUGCUCAGCUCCAGGAAGAGUGACUGCACUGGCCUCCCCCCGUCCAUGCUGACUAACCCUGCCACCCCGCCAGCUCGGGGCCAGCACCAGAUCAAGACCAAGGGGAACAUGUCUCUCAUCUGCUGGUACAACAAGGGCCACUUCCGCUUCCUGACCAACGCUUACUCCCCGGUGCAGCAGGGGGUCAUCGUCAAGAGGCGGAGUGGAGAGAUCCCCUGCCCACUGGCCGUGGAGGCCUUUGCUGCCCACCUCAGCUACAUCUGCAGAUACGAUGACAAGUACAGCAGGUACUUCAUCUCCCACAAGCCGAACAAGACUUGGCAACAGGUGUUCUGGUUUGCCAUCAGCAUCGCCGUCAACAAUGCCUACAUUCUGUAUAAGAUGUCGGACGCCUACCACGUGAAGCGGUACAGCCGGGCGCAGUUUGGCGAGAGACUGGUCAGGGAGCUGCUGGGCCUGGAGGAUGCCUCCCCCGGCCACUGA